UUUUGGCAUAAAGUCACAAAAUACGCUGACCUAUGUUCCGAGUAAUAAUUAAUUCAUACAAUUUUACGAUUAUUAAUAUUAUGUAAUCAUUUGUGAUAUGUAAAGGCUGUUGGCUAUGAUGCAAUAAAUCGAUUAUGAUAAGUUGAUAUGAGAAUGCAACAAAUUAAUUCUGUGUGUGGUGUUGGUGUUAAACUAAUUUCGUUCCUACCCCCCCCCCCCGCGCCGAGUGUACUCUGUGGACAUGUACCCGGGGUCAAAGUGUACUCCCCGCCCAGCGCGUACGCGGUGGAAGGUUUUACAUGCAUGUAAAAAAAACCCAUACUUCCCGACGACUCGGACUCACCGUCAUCCGGUGACGAUACAAAAUCUGAAGCUGUUGACAACGAUUGGGCUCCCAACGAAAUAGGAAGUAAUACCGUCACCGCUCCCCGGAAUAAAUUGGACAAAAGGAAGAAGAAGUCACCAAAAAAGUGCACCUCUUGCGCCAGAACAUUCUUUUCCGGUCUUCCGGUUCCGACCUAAAGCGCCACAUGCCAAGUUGCCGUUCUAUCGCUUGUUCUGUGCCCACAUGUCCAUCCACAUUUCGCAGCAAUAGUGCUCGGAACGCACACUUGAAGGUUACCCACCCAGGCGUCGCUCCCCAUCAGUGUUCCCUCUGCAAGAGAAAGUUUGACCGAGAAAACGCCCUCUCUGCGCACAUGGUCACCCGGCAUGAAAAAGGGGAGAAGAAAUUCCCAUGCGCAAAAUGCGGAAGGAGUUUCGUUCUUCUCGAGAAUCUGGACCGCCACGUGAAACUUCAUGAGGAAGAAGAUAUCAAACCGGUAGUUUGCGACGUGUGUGACUCAAGAUUUGAGGAUGACGAGAAGCUUCAGCGCCAUGUCGUGACGCAUACAAAACGCUUUAAUUGUGACCACUGUGGACAACCUUGUUCUAAUAGGCUGGGGCUAGAGAGACACAUCCGUCUCCGCCACACCGGAGAAAAACCUGAGAAAUGUGACCAAUGUGAAGCAUCUUUCAUUGACCAGCUCGGCCUUCGUCGGCACGUGGCUCGCGUCCACAGUGGGACGAGAGACCACGUGUGCCACAUUUGUGGCCUCGGCUUCCGUCUCCCUGACGAUCUCAAAAAGCACUUACAAAGGCAUGACGAAUCCAAAAAACCAACAUGUGAAAUUUGCCGAGACAAAUUUGCGGACCGUGAUACUCUCAUGUCGCACCACGUCAAGGAGCAUGGUGCUGAUCCCGUCAUCUGCGAUGAGUGCGGUGGAAAGUUUAACAACAUUUAUUUACUAAAUCGACAUAAGAAGAUCCACACCGGAGAGAAACCGCACAAAUGUGAACAUUGCAACGCCACUUUUCGCCGGAAGGAACUACCCACCGACCACAUUAGGACGCACACUGGAGAGCGACCUUACCCCUGCCCCCACUGCGAGCAAGCCUUCAAACAAAGUAAACAUAGAAUUCUUCACAUCAAACGAAUCCACACGCCGGGCUACGUCCCCCCGAUCCGAUACCCGUGCCCCCACUGCGUCAACGGCUUCGGAUCCAAUAGUCACUUGCAGGCUCAUAUUCGCCAAGUGCACACAGGAGAGCGGCCCUUCGCAUGCGAUCAGUCAGGGUGUGAUAAGGCCUUCGCUAAAAAGACGUCGCUUUACAUUCAUUUGAAGGGACAUCACGGCCUCGUGAUGGAGAAGAAGCGGAAGGAUGUCUUGCCAAGGCGGAAAAGGGACGAAUUUCCUCCUGGAGUUGAUACACACUCUUGAAAAUAAUGUUACCCUUCUAACAAUUAAAUGCACUCUGAAUUCUAAAUUAAGUGAACUAUACUAAAUCCAGAGUAAAGUUAGCUUGAUAAAGAGUAAAGUUUACUCUGGGUUUAGUAUAGUUUGUUUAAUCUGGAGUGGACAAUGCGGUUAAUUUUUAAGAGUGUAUUUAUAGGAGAAUACAAAUGGGUAGAAUUUACAAACUAACAACGUUUUGAAAAAAUUGUCAUUAUGUAAGCAUGUGUAAUCGUAAUGCUGGAUAAUUUGUUCAUGAAUCAAUUAAAUAUACAUUUCGAUAUCAAAGCUUAUUUUUAUUGUAUUUCCUAUUUAUUU